AGGUCUCCGAGUUCCACCAGUCCGCGAGCUGCCGACGGCUCGGGCGGGGGGCGGGCCGGGGCGCCGAGCUGCGCUCUCGCUUCUCCUCUGCCCCCCACUCCGCGCCACGGCCUCCCGCCGCCACCUCCACGGCCGCACAAGCACAACUUUCCGUCCCUCCUUGCCCCUCGCCCAUUAUUCGUCUUGGUUCGAGUCGCGCCGCACCGAGGGCUCCUCCCAACCUCCACGCUUGCAGUUCCGACCAUUACAGGACCCAGAAAAAUGUCGACCACACUUCUGUCACCCUUCUACGAUAUCGACUUCUUGUGCAAGACGGAGAAAUCCCUGGCAAACCUCAAUCUGAACAACAUGCUGGACAAGAAGGCGGUAGGGACGCCCGUGGCUGCUGCCCCCAGCUCGAGCUUCACUCCGGGCUUCCUGCGACGCCACUCCGCCAGCAACCUCCACGCGCUUGCCCACCCUGUGCCCAGUCCGGGCAGCUGCUCGCCGAAGUUCCCGGGCGCCCCUAACGGCGGCGGCAGCAGCUGUGGCCCCGCAGGCGGAGGCGGCCUGUCCUCCUACGGCCAGCUCAAGGAGCCUUCGGGGGGCAGCGGCACGGCGCUGGUCACCAAGGAGAGCAAAUUUCGGGACCGCUCGUUCAGCGAGAACGGGGAGCGCAGCCAGCAUCUCCUGCACCUGCAGCAGCAGCAGAAGGGGGGCAGCGGCUCCCAGAUAAACUCCACGCGCUACAAGACGGAGCUGUGCCGGCCCUUCGAGGAGAGCGGCACGUGCAAGUACGGCGAGAAGUGCCAGUUCGCGCACGGCUUCCACGAGCUGCGCAGCCUCACCCGGCACCCCAAGUACAAGACGGAGCUGUGCCGCACCUUCCACACCAUCGGCUUCUGCCCCUACGGUCCGCGCUGCCACUUCAUCCACAACGCGGACGAGCGGCGGCCCGCGCCGUCGGGGGGCAGCGGCGCCUCCGGGGACCUGCGAGCGUUUGGCGCGCGCGACGCGCUGCACCUAGGCUUCGCCCGCGAGCCGCGGCCCAAGCUGCAUCACAGCCUCAGUUUCUCCGGCUUCCCGUCCGGCCACCACCAGCCGCCGGGGGGACUGGAGUCGCCGCUGCUGCUCGACAGCCCCACGUCGCGCACGCCGCCGCCGCCCUCCUCCUCGGCCUCGUCCUGUUCCUCCUCGGCUUCUUCCUGCUCUUCCGCCUCCGCGGCCUCCACGCCCUCGGGCGCCCCGACGUGCUGCGCCACGGCGGCAGCGGCCGCGCUGCUCUACGGCCCCGGGGGCGCGGAGGACCUGCUGAGCCCCGGAGCGCCGUGCGCCUCCUGCUCGUCCUCCUCGGGCGCUAACAACGCCUUCGCUUUCGGCCCGGAGCUGAGCAGCCUCAUCACGCCGCUCGCCAUCCAGACCCACAACUUCGCCGCCGCGGCCGCCGCCGCCUACUACCGCAGCCAGCAGCAGGGCCUGGCUGGUCCCGCGCCGCCCCCGGCACAGCCCCCCGCGGCCCCCGCGCCGCCCUCGCCGCCCUUCGGCUUCCAGCUGCCGCGCCGUCUGUCCGAGUCGCCCGUGUUCGACGCGCCCCCCAGCCCCCCGGACUCGCUCUCGGACCGCGAUAGCUACCUGAGCGGCUCGCUGAGCUCCGGCAGCCUCAGCGGCUCCGAGUCCCCCAGCCUGGACCCCGGCCGUCGCCUACCCAUCUUCAGCCGCCUCUCCAUCUCCGACGACUGAGGCAAGGGGGCGCCCGCGAGGGGCUGGGAAAGGCGCAGCGGGGGCCACCGGUUGGGGGGGGCGACACUGCCGCAGACUCGGAGGCCCCUCCGAGCACUUGGACUAGAACUCUGCCGGAAAGGGCCCCGCCCCUACCCUUUCGGUUCUCUCGUUGUUGUUUUUUUAUUAUUAUUAUUUUUAUUAUUAUUAUUAUUGCAAAGAUUCGUUUUUGUUGAUAAAAGCCAACGAACUUUUUCGUAUGGAUGAACAAAAUAUUCACAACAGGGCGGUUGUGAUGCGGAAAGAACAAAAGAUACCAAACACUUAGGUCUCAGAUGAGUUUGAAACUCUAGUUUUAGAAGAAAAAAAUCAGCCCAGCACCAGCAGCUACCAACCACCAUUCCAUCUCUUCUUCCACUCGAAAGCCUUAGAAACAGUCCAGAUGUGAGAACUCUUACCUUGGAAGGGGUUCCAAGACCAGUGUGAGCCAGCCGGCUGCCACCUCCCUAAACUAUAAGCUUCUAGAAUUCAAAAUAAUGCCAGGAACAUGCCUUGAUUCGAGUCGCUCGCUCUCAGCCUCCUUUGUGGUGGUUGUUUACCUUGUGGUUUGUUUUUUUUUUUCUUUUAAACAAAGAUCUGUAUGUCUGGGGGUGGGGAAGCCCUUGCAUUCCAAAGUUUGAAAACGGGCUCAUUGCCACCAUGUAGUGUGGGUGUUUAGCUUAGAACCAUUUCCUCUGCUCUCUGGAAGCCAUGGGCAGAGCUCAGUUCAUAGUUGUUGGGAAAUAAGUGCUUCAUUUUUAGUUCUGAGUUGAUCCGCACCACUGCACCACAACUCAAUAUGAAAAACUAUUUAACUUAUUUAUUAUCUUGUGAAAAGUAUACAUUGAGGAUGUUGUCCAUACUGUAUUUAUCGAGUAUGAUGAAAGCAAUAGAUAUAUAUUCUUUUAUUAUGUUAAAUUAUAAUUGCCAUUAUUAAUCGGCAAAAUGUGGAGUGUGUUCUUUUCACAGUAAUAUAUGCCUUUUGUAACUUCACUUGGUUAUUUUAUUGUAAAUGAGUAAGAAAAAUCUUAAUUUAAGAGAUUGUAUGUAAUAUUUAUUUCAUUAAUUUCUUUCCUUGUUUACGUAAAUUUCGAAAGAUCGCAUGAAGAAACCAUGCAAUCUUGAUGCUGUGGAAGUGGUUUGAGGAACAUUUUGAGGUUUUCUUAGAAUGUAUAAUGGUUGUAGCCCAUCCAACUUUAAAGAGAGAAAGGUGAGUGAGACUGCAGUCAGGCUCACGUGUGGCUUGCUUCUCUACAUCCAGCUUUAUAAACCACCAGCUCUACUGUGACAUUGAGUAUAGAGACAUGUAGCAAUAAUGGGGGAAAUGGUCUCAGUGCCUUCAUAGGGCCCGAACUUGCCUUAAAUCUUCCUCAACCAAAUAAGUAUUUCAUUCGUGCUUGAGAAUUUGAAUGUCGGACGGGUUCACCUGCACAAAAAGAAAAGAUUUUUUUACCACUUUUUUUUUUUUUUACUAUAGCUAUGAAGUGAAGAGACCACGUCUUAGCGCUGAAAUGUUGGUGGUACAUGAAGAUGCCUUGUUUAAUGACAGUCCAAAAACUUGUACUAUUAUUUUUCAAUGUAAAGAGGCAGGAAUGUCUCCGGCUUUCCUGGAUGGCAGAUAAAUGAGCAGUUGUUUAGUUUGUAUGUAGGUACAGUUGGAGCACCGCGUGCGCACUCUGGACUACUUUGACAGAAGUAGGUUUUUGAAUGUAACAAGAUUAAGUCAACUUGAGUUGUAAUAUAUUUUGGGGAAUCAGUUCACUACAAAUUGUGACUGUAAACAUUGUACUGUAAAUGUUUUGUAGUUUCCCCCAAUAAAAUUUUUUGGAAAAAA